GAGUACACACACGGUGUACUCUUUUCAAGUGAAACAGUGUCCGUGUCCUGUAGAAUGCGUGUAUAUCUUUCUACAUUUAGUUUGUGCAUAGCUAUCGCUCUUCUGUCUUUAGUAUUUUUGUUUAGUAAACAUGAUGCUGUAAGUUUUUCGGCCGGGUUUAAAGCGCCGCUGGAGCCGUCCGUCGUGAGGAACUUAAAUGGAGUAAAAGCAAAACAACGACCCACCGCGACCACGCCACACAGACUCGCAGAUGUUGCGCACAAGGUGAAUUCACCUGGACAGCGAGAGCCGUUGAUGCAGCUGGCUGUGGUGGCCUGUGGAGAGAGACACGGGGAAGCUGUCAACAUGCUCAAGACCGCAGCCAUGCUCAGCAGCCGAGCCUUGAGUUUUCACAUCUUUGCAGAGGAGCAGUUACACACCAACAUAAAAACAGCACUGGAUUCCUGGCCAGCUUUCAUCCGAGCGAAAUUCAGCUAUGUUGUUCACGCCAUUUCAUUCCCCCAUGAGAACCAUGAAGAGUGGAGUCAGCUUUUCAAGCCAUGUGCAUCACAGAGACUCUUCUUACCGAUGAUUCUGAAGGAGGUGGACUCCUUACUCUAUGUGGACACCGAUGUCCUCUUCCUGCAGCCUGUAGAGCUGAUCUGGGACAUGUUGAUGCACUUUAACUCCACACAGUUAGUAGCCAUGGCACCAGAACACGAGGAGCUGCAGAUUGCCUGGUAUAGGCGCUUCUCCCGGCAUCCGUAUUAUGGAAAAACUGGCAUCAACUCUGGCGUCAUGCUGAUGAAUUUGACUCGGAUGCGAAUGACACAAUUCAAGAAUGACAUGACUUCUAUUGGUCUGCACUGGGACGAGCUUCUGAUGCCUCUGUUACAGAAAUACAAGCUUAACAUAACCUGGGGUGAUCAAGAUCUGAUUAAUAUCAUCUUCCAUUACAAUCCAGAGAUGGUAUUUACCUUCCCUUGCCACUGGAACUACCGUCCUGACCACUGCAUCUACGGCAGCAACUGCAUCCCAGCAGAGAAAGAGGGUGUUUUCAUGCUACAUGGCAACAGAGGAGUGUUUCACAGCGACAAACAGCCUGCCUUCAAGGCCGUGUAUGACGCUUUCAAACAUUACACAUUUGGAGAGGAUCUCAUAAAAUCAUUCUUGUUACCCCUGGAGGCGGCGCUGAACGGAACCACACACACAUACUGUGGGAAAGUUAGUCAUUUCUUUACCAGAGGACUUGGAAAGUCUGUAAGGAAGCUCCAGAGAAUGACUCCAGCAGGUGGCUGAGCUGUGAUGUU